AUGGAGGCGCUCUCGCGGGGCUUUUGUGCGGCGGCGCUGGUGCAGUCGCUGGCACCAAAAGAAGUGGAGGCGUGGCACCGGCAGUGGCCGCAGCCCACCCUGCAAGUGGUGGACAUACAGCGCUACCCGCGCGUCCCAGCUGCAUCGUGUGGACCAUCGCGCUUUUACGUUGCUGUAUCGGAUUCGGAGUCGGUUGCGUGGCUCGUGGUUCCACCGUGCACCGCCUUGGAGGACUCCGUCGCCGCGUUCGAGAUAGAGGUGGGCUGCUGUGUUAUGUUGCUAUCCCACGCGCUGGUGACCGCAGCGAAUGGUUUGAACGUGAUUGUCCCACUUCAGGUGAAGUACUCGAACAACACGCUCCGCCUCCUUGGCCAGCCUAGCUGCGCCGAGGCGCUCUUUCCACUCUCGGCGCAGUCCCUUCUGCGGCGCCACGACGGCGACGAUAAUACCCCCUGCGCCGCUGCAGCCUCCGCGGCGUCGCAGCGACCAUUGCACGCGAUUGCGCUCCGCGACUUUAUGGACGCUCCUCAGCGAGCGCUGGGCAACUGGUGCAUCACCGCGCGGGUGGUGUGGAAGGGUCGCGAGUAUCCUUUGAACUCGCAUGCGAGCUCCCUCGGCGGCGGCAGGGACUCUCGCCGCAGCGUCUCUGCAGGCAGUCCACGCUUUGUCUUUCGGUGUCUCCUUGCAGACGAGCACGGCGAUGCCGUCGUGGCAGCCUUCUACGGCGGCGAGGCUCUUGGGGAGCGCGUGCGGUUGCACGGCUGCUACCGACUUGCGCAAGGAAUGGUGAAGUGGGGCACAGGCGAGACCGGCGCCCCGAGUGAGUUGCGGUUUGUAGAGAAAUCGGUCGAGGAGGAGCUGACAUCGGGCGCGGCUCAGCAAAUGUUUCCCUUUCACGCAUCUGCGCUUGUUGGCGAGGUGGCUCAGCAGUUGCGCGAUGUGGUCGCGGUGAUCGAGACUGCACAGGUGGGUGGGUACGUCUCGGUGGUGGGGACAGUGGUCGCCGUGCAGGGCAACACGCAGGUCACCACCAAACGCGGUCGUGUGUGGCGGUCCGUGGUCACUCUGGCCAACAGCGCAGCAACGGGCCGCAGCGGCGGCCCAUUCGCGGAGGUGACUCUGUGGGGUGAGGUUGCAGAGGCGGUGGAGCCGGCACUGGGGGAGCGCUGGGUGUUUCAUCCGUGUGCGGUACACCUCUUUCAGCAUCGCAAGACGCUAUCGAGUCUGGUGUCGACGAUGGCGGUGAAGCUCGUGCCACAUACGGGCGGCGCAAAGCACGCACCACGCGCGACAGCGUCACCAGGAUCGAAACCCGACGGAGGAGGCGCAGACGCCCUACCGAACGCCGCCAGUGCCGCCAAGCCUGUAUGUAGUCCACCAGUCCUCAAAAAGGAUAUGCAGCUGGUGCUUGACCUUGAGGAAGCCUCCCCGACACUGCCGGUGCUGGCGCGUGUGCAAGAGGUCGUGCGGCCGUUUCUCGACUGGGUGUGCGCAGAGUGCAGUCGGACUCAGCCAAGUGUUGUCAAAGCGGGCAGCGUGGGGACUGGAAUCCCAACUGCCUGUGUGCACUGCAGUGCGGCGAAGCUCUGCCCUACACUACGUUUGCACGUGUGGCUCAGCGACGGCCUCUGCACUGGCCUGGCGGCCUUUCAUGGCUGCGCUGCCGAGUCGCUGCUGGAAGCAUCCCCUGCGGAGGUGGCGCGGUAUGUCGAGCAACAAUCAGCCGUCGUAGAUAAGAUGUGCGGCCGUCUUGUUGGUUUGCCAAUUUUGGUGUGGCUGCUGCCGUGCGGUGCUGCCGAUGCGCUCGAUGCCGCACAGUUUAUCGUCGUCAACUGCAAACGAAUUCAUUGCGUCUCCGGUGCCCAUACACUGCUGUCUGCCAUCGACACCUUUUCCAGCCUCGACGAAGGUGUGAAGAGUGGGGCCGCUGACGUCUGA